AUGGAUCCAAAUCCAGAAAAAGAACAUUUUGCGAAGGCCAAAAUUGAAGAUCCAAAUCAAAAUCCAGGUUUACUUCAAUCGCUGUUGAACCCAAAUGGUGUUCCCAUGGAUGAUCGCUGCUAUAUGAAAAUUUUCGAAGAAUAUGGGAAAGCUCAGCAACUAGCUGAGGCAAUUGCUUCAGGUGAAAAGCUUGAUAGGAAAGUAUAUCGGAUUCGUAAUAAAGAACUUGUCAAAUUCAUUGACAAAGAUUUUGAAGGGAUGAAGGACAUUAACAUAAUCUCAGAAGCCUCAAUUGGAGUAUUCGCUGAUGCUGAAUCCAAUCUUCUGAAUCAUUCAUUUCUGGACUUGGUGGGUACUGUUGACGAAGUUAAACUUGCUGAAGAACUCAUCCUAGAGAAUGUUCUAAAGACAUAUAGUAGUUUGUGCUAUCCAGUAAUUCUGAUGCCACAAGAAAUUUAUAUGGACCACAUCAAAAUCCACCUCCACAAGGUUUGUCGGCUCCUUGGAACCUACAGGAGUAAUCUCUUGAGAAUUGAAAAGGAGUCUGGUGCAUGGAUAAAGAUUGAACAAGGUUCUUUUCCUGGUGUUUGGGAAUGGGAGAGAGUAGUGAAUAUAUUUGGUCCACAUGAAAAUGUUAACAAGGCUAAGUUGUUAAUUCAGUCAGUUAUAUCUGAACAGCCUGGAGAACUAUCUGCUACAGAAGCACUAAAAGAAUUCCUGCAUCAGUUUAAAGAACCUAGUUGUAGUGAAUUAAUUGAUCAUAAGAAGUCUGCUAUUAAUGAUGAAUCAAACAAAAAGAAGAAGCAGAAGGUUGGUGAACCUAUUUGGGAUCAAACUUUUCUAAGAAUUAAGAAUUCUGGUGGUGGGAAAUCAGAGGGAUCUAGUUCUAAACAAACAGAAGGUGAAUCAGAAGAAAAGAAAAAGCAACAUGAGUUUAGAGAACCUACUUGGAAUCAAACUUUUGGACCUGUAAUUUCUUCUCCUGGGGAAUCUUCAGAGGGAAGUAAACAAACAGAAGAAUCCGGUGAAUUAGAUAAAGGGAAGCAGCAGGUGCUGCAGGCUGAGGAAGGUGGUUCCAGUCUAACAGAUGAAGAAAAGCAGCAGCAUUUGCAGCAUAAGAAAUCUGAAGAUGCUGGUCCUUUGUCAGCAGCAUGA